UCAACUUAUUUUCAUAAUCUGUGUACCUACAAAAUUUUAAUGACAAGUGAAAUCAGUGAAAGAUAAACGCUUUGAUACCUAAAUAUUUAAUUAUUUUGUAAAAAUGUCCUUCUUUGGGGUAGGAAAUCCCUUUUCUACGCCGGUAGGCCAGAAAAUUGAACAAGCGACAGAUGGAAGUUUACCAUCCGAAAAUUGGGCAUUGAAUAUGGAAAUAUGUGAUAUUAUUAACAGCAGCACAGAUGGCCCUAAGGACGCCAUAAAAGCUAUCAGAAAGAAAUUGACACAAAGUGCUGGUAAAAACUAUACAGUGGUCAUGUACACUCUAACUGUGCUGGAAACCUGUGUCAAAAAUUGUGGAAAAUCAUUUCAUGUUCUGGUGUGCCACAAAGAAUUCAUUUCUGAAUUGGUAAAACUAAUUGGCCCCAAAAAUGACCCCCCAACAGUAGUUCAGGAGAAGGUACUAAGCUUAAUUCAGUGCUGGGCUGAUGCUUUUCAGAACCAACCAGAGUUACAAGGUGUUGUACAAAUAUACAAUGAGCUCCGAACUAAGGGUGUGGAGUUUCCUAUGACAGAUUUAGAUGCUAUGGCUCCAAUUUUCACCCCACAAAGGAGUGUCCCUGAUGGUGUUGAACCAGCUUGGGUCACGAUCCUUUCAAAAUGCAAAUAAAAUUUAACAUUAAUUAUUAUUUGUCCACAGGUGACCCUGUCCGAGAGCCAGAUAAGCAAGCUGCGCGCGGACCUGGCGGUGGUGGAGGGCAACAUGACCGUCAUGAACGACAUGCUCAACGAGCUCACCGCGCAGCCGCACACGCAGCACCACCACAGCGAUAUCGAACUCCUCAACGAGCUGGCGGAUACGCUACGCGCGAUGCAGUCCCGCGUGGCGGAGCUGGUGGCGCGGCUGGCGGGCGAGGCGCCGCUCACGGCCGACCUGCUGCACGCCAACGACGCGCUCAACAACCUGCUGCUGCGUCACGCGCGCUUCCUCAGCAACAGGAAUGCUGCAACCGGCGGCGCCACACCAUCCGCCAUUUUGGGUGCCGCCAUGGGCGUGCCCGGCUCUACUGAAUCACCAAAGAAGACCGAUGAUGAUGCACUUAUAGAUCUCAGCGAUGAUGUACCUGAUAUUGCCAAAUUAACGGUGAAGGACGCCCAACCACACAAGUCUCCAGGCAGUUCCAAAGAUGAAUUUGAUAUGUUCGCACAAUCGCGGAAUGUCUCUUACGAAAACUCAAAAACUGGUGGAAGCAGUUACGCGGACAAUGCAGAGGAGCAAACGACUGGCGGAUUGGCGGCCGCCGCCAGUUUGCGAGCCACGCAGGCUCAGCCGCUGCCGUCUGGUAUGGAUCAAAGAGAGAUAGAUGAGAUAGCGGCUUGGUUAGCGCAGGAGAAGGCCGCUUCUGAAGCGAACGGCGCCCAAGAAAGUGUGACCAGCAGCGACUUCGACAAGUUCCUGGCGGAGCGCGCCGCCGCCGCCGACAGCCUGCCCGCCGUCACCGCCGCCCCCGCUACCACCACCUCCACCACCUCCACCGCCACGCCGCAGCACACGCCCCGUCACCGGCAGAUCAACAAGGAGGACCAAGACUCCAUGUUCGCGCUCUGAUAUGUUUCACCUCCGACGCCGGUAAUGUAAACCCCUGACUUUCUUGCGGACGGGUAAAGCUGUCCGCGAACGCCGCGAUUUGCGCUAAGCUGAAGUUAGACUAUAGUUGCAAAAAAAAAUCAUUAAAAAUAAUCACAUUAACUUUUAACUAUCCGGUUGCGAGCUAUAAGAUCGGUACUGUAUUUACUGUUUUUAUGAGAGCAGGUAAAAAAAAUAUAAUUAUUAAAAUAAAUUGUAAAAAUACAUAAUAGAUAGAGAUAAUUUGAGUAACUUAUUUUUUUUUCUUUUUUUUUUUGGUUUGUAACCAUAAAUAAUGAAAAUAAUAGUAUUUCAUACUAUUUUUAAGAAUAGUAUAAUAAUUACUGGAAUCAUAUUUAAAAGUUAACUAGACAUUCAUUAAAAAGAAUUACUGUUCUUUUUGAACCUGAGGAGAUUUAAAACUGUGUACUUGAAUUCCGACUAAAAAUCAAAAUUCCUACAUAAAAUUAUCACAAAAUUUAGUUUAGAUCUUUAACAAAAACGGUAUUAUGGUAUUCUCGAAAUGGUUUGGUCUGGAAUGGACAUACUAUCAAUAAAUAGCUUUGGUAACAUCACGCCAAGUAGUUUGGUAGUGGCACACUUCAUUUUCAAAUAGACUGAGACACGUCCUUAGUCUAUCUCAAUAUAAAUACAAUAUGGCGGUUAAAAAGCCAUCUUUAUAGCAAUUAUAAUAGCGUUCAUUUUGUAUAACCUGCCAAGCUUAAGAGGCUGAUCGUAUUGAGAGCAAAGGACUAGUAUAGUUUCGUCGGUGGGUUAUACGAAAUGUCCUAUUAUAAUUCGUGCAAAACGAGUAUUUUAUCUCCCCAGAUAGAUUAACAGCAAAAAAGGUCUAUAUUGUUUACGAAUGCAGUCAACAACAAAAAAUAUGGAAAAAUCUAAGUAGGUAUAGGUAGUAUUUACACUAAACAAAAAUAGAAGGUGAGAGGUAAGAAAAACAAUUUGAUUGUAUAUUCAUAUUAGAGAAUAUAUUAUUAUCUAUAAAGCCGGUCUCUCUUCACACGACGCCGACCAACUUGCCAAUUGGUACCAAUCGUGGCGUUCGCAGAUAAAACAUUUGAAAUACUUGUAUCACUUUCGGCUCGUUUGGUUCACCACGGUGGGAAACGAGACGGAACGAUCUGAAAUUUAUUUUACGUGUUCGCAGCAGAAACUGGUUCACAUUGGAACAAAGACUCCCACUUAGUACUUGUGCGUCGACUCAUCCAUGCUUUAGACAGGUGUAAGGGAUAAGGGGCUUUAAUUAUGAGUCACAUAUUGCGAUAAAUCUUAACGGGAUAUGCGAAUACAUUAAUAAUAAACAUUUAGACAAUUUUGUACAUUCUGAUCUAAGACAUGUAGUCUAAUAUCGAAUGAAUGAAAUAUCGUAUCAUCAUGACUUAGUAUUCGCUAUAUACAUCUUGUUUUGUUCCACAGUGGGCUUUGAUAAAAGCAUUGAACUUUCAAAAAUAUAAAUUAUUCACAUACGAUAUUGAAUAUAAACAAAUGUCUUACAAAGUAAUUAGCGAGAAUACUUAGCGAGAACAGUAUCAAACUAUUUAAUAUAAGUAUUUUUCAAAACAUUUUCAUAUUAGAGUUAGAAAAAAAAGCAUUCAAAUCAUGUUUAUUUAUUUAUUUAUUUCGAAUUAGGCACACCAGCUGUAUACAUAUUAUACAUAAAUUAAAUAACAUUUUUUGUGUAGUAUGCUGAUAUGCAUACCUAUAGCAGGCGUACACAACAUUGACUACAGAUUACAUACAUAUAAAUGUCAUAAUAUAAUUAAUAUAAUUUAAUUUAUAAUUACAUAUUCCUUAAUUAUAAAAUUCAAUUAAAUAUAAAACAAGACUGGGCAAUGUCAUCAAAUCUACGUGGUCUUCAGUAUCUUACCGCGAAACACUGCCAACGAGUCAUGGCUUACGUCUAUGUUAAUAAUAAAAUAUUGUUUAUGUAUUAUUUAGUAAAAUUAUGUAUUGAAAUCAUAAAUAGGGUCACUGUAUCUUUACUCUCGCGUUAAUAUUUGGGGUCGCCGCAGAAUAAAAUACUAAGUGCUCGAAUACCAGUGUGAACCAGACUAAACUCGCUUUCAUUUCGAUAGAUAAAAGUGUUGAUGUCCAGUUGUUAUGUCUAUUCUAUUCUGUCUAAAAUAUUUACUUAAUCAUGAUAUACAUAUUAAUAAACCUUCGAGCCUCAUUGAAGUUUGAAUAUAAAUUAAAAAUACUCAGAAAUGUAAUAUCGAAUAUACUAUUUGUCACUGUUUUAUUCAAUAUUGUAAUUUAACGACAUUUCAAUUAAUUUCAAAAUACAAGUAACACAUUGAAUUCUGUAUAUACUUUUAUAUAUAAUGAACAUUUUGUAACUCGAAUUAUUGAUAAUUGAUCAAUUUAUCAUUUUUGUCUAUCGAAACAAUUGUUAUAGACAGUACACAGGCAAUGAGCCGCGUGAGUCGCGACUCAUACUAACGAUUUCAUAUUUGAGAAUUUGUUGGGUAUAACACACCCAAAUAAAGAAAGCUAGACAGCACAUUGUGCAGGGUGACAUUCACAUAUCGUUUCUUUAUUAGCACGGUUUAUAUACGUGUGAAUAAGUAUUCUCAACGUAAAAUCUCAAAUGUGAAAUUUGCAACUUUUGAAAUUUAGUCAUUAAUAGUUAUUGUUUUUGCAUUGACACAUAAUACUGUAUGAUCAGCCUGUUUUUGUAGCAGUAAAAAUAUAGUUUUAUAAUAUGGUACUAUGCAAUGAAUGGUAUGCACAAUUUAACCAACAUGCCGUUUGGUGCCUGGCUUUUUAUAGUUAAUAUUGAAAUAUUUUGAGCAGAUUAUUUGAUUGAUCGUUUACUAAUUUUAAGCGUAACAUACCUAAUUUGUGUAAUUGACAAUAGUUUACAAUUAAAUUUUAUUCAUGUUUGUAUUAACGAAUAAAUCAUGUAGCUGCUGUUUUUGCUGAGCUAAUAUUGAUAUGGUAUUUAUAAAAAGGCUGCGGCAACCGUUUACCAUCAGUUGGGCCGUAUACGGCCUUUGCCUAAAGAGCUUUUGUUACAUUUAAAAUUUAAUUACAUCAUUCGAUCGAUGAAAUAAAUGAACAAAAUAUUUAUAUUUGAAUUUUUUUUAAUAGUCUUUCAACUUAAUAUAAUUCAAUGUCAAUCAUUUUAUAUUACGCUCGGUUUCUGUCAAAGUGAAGAGAGCAAAGAGAUGUUUUAUAAAUAACCAAUUGGGUAUGGUUAUUGCAAUAACUCUUUGCUUGGCAAUGGUCGAAACACUAGUCGCUAUGUCGCUCGACUGUGCGCACCUCCUCUCCGUUUUGGUAGAAACUCCUCAAUUCACUAUACAGAGAUCAAAUCGUACUGGCCGCGUCAACUAAUCUUUAGCGUAAGUUUACAUUAAGUAGAUUUCUUUAAUAUAUAACUUGUGUAGUAUUCACGUGACCACGGGAGCAUUUAACACAAGACCACGGGUUUAAAAGCAUCGAUUAUAUUGUAAUUCAAAAUUACGACUUUGUAGUAUUCGAGAGUUGAGAUGAGAAGGCAUUGUGAUAAGUAUUGUUUAUAAUAAUGAUGAUGGAUAUUACAGCGUUUUCUUUUCGUGUAAAGACAUUUUAUUUUUUAGUUUUAAUAUCGUUUAUAUUACUCUGUAUUAUUGUAAAUCAAAAUAUUCUGUAUAUUAAUUACGUGGGUAAAUGUAAAUUUUUAAUGGACUGCAUAUUGAUUAGUUUUCGUUAUUUGUUGAUAUUAUUUUAUGGAUUGGUUGUUAUCACGAGGGAAACUUAUACUAUAUCUAAUUGUAUAUAUAUUCUUUUUUACGUACGCUUUUGUGAGACCGUAUAUUGUAGUCGUUUUCGUCAUAAUAUCGGAUUUUAAAGGUAUUACAUAUUUCGUAUCUUGUUAUAUGUAAGUAGAUAUAUUCCCACAUAAAUGCAUCAACUGAUUUACUUAGGCAAUUAAGGCCUCGAUAAAAUGUAUGGAUGGUUAUUGUCUUUACAUAGUACUAAGUAUUAUAUUCACUGAACGGUAUAUUGCGGAUCUGCGAUAGCAAAUACAGAUAAAAAAAAUGAUUUCUAAGAAAAACAACAGAUACCAUAGCUUGCACGAGCUCUCUGUAUUUAGUCAAAGACAAUGAUAAUAACACGUGUGCGUCAGAAAGAGCUGAAGGUUGCUUUAUUUAAGGACAAAAUCAAUUCUACAUAUAAAAUCCACCACAAAUUAUAAACGCGGGAAAAUUUCGCUAAGCGUGCAUACCAUAGAUAUUUUGUGAGCAUAGAGGCACAUAAUAUAUUUUUCUUAAAAUGUUUUUAAUUUUUACGUUUGAAAUAGACAACUUGCACAGUUUCAUUUUGACUUGUGACCUAUAAAUCUUGAUGUAAUAUCGAAAUGGAUAUUUUACAAUCUUCCGUUGUACUCCUAAUAGGUUUAUUCGACUGAGUAGGAAUAUAAAUACGCUAACUUUUGCCAUUAAAUAAUAGCGAAUGUCAUAAUAAACAUUCAUUAAAAUGACCUUUAUUUUUCUUCAGUGCAAUAGAAAUAACAAAGAGAAAAAUGACCUGGCGAUAAAUAUGCUACUAGACCUACCAAUCUGAAGACGUACAGAUCUCACUUUUUACUGUUUGAUCAUUGAGUUAACGCUUCAGGUUUUACAUUUUAGAUGUGCAUUUCUUUGUGCCUUUAUUAAUAAACACUAUUAUUAUAUCGGCCGUUUUCAAUCGCUAAUUCAUGGUAUUUUUUAUUAGGGAUUUAGCCAUUGAUUACCGAGUUUGAUGUUUAUCAAGAAAGGAGUAAUAUAUCAAUAAUAGAUACUAAUGUAAUAAAAUACAUGCAUUUUAAUUGCACAUAAUAGUAUAACUGGGUGAAAAUAUCGAUUUAACAAAUUCCAUAUUUCUUGGCUUUCUAUUGUACCUUAGAGAGUAAUUUGUAAUCUGAGUGCCUACCAUGAAAUGUUUACCGAAAUUUCGGAUUCGAACGAAACAAAUUUGAUGUUAAAAUUACAUGAUACAUACCGUUUAAAAAAUGCUAAAAUAUCGUUCCUUGUGGACUUUUAUGGUAGGAUGUAUGACAAACCAAAUGUUAAGCUCCAUUUACAGGGUCGAUUUCGGUACGAACAAAAACACGAAAUUGAGCCCGAAAAUUCGGAAUUUCAUUUCACGGUAGACCCCCUGUAACCUACCUUUCCCCGCCUAUUGUUUAGUGUGUCAAUUUUGUGUAAAGUGAACGUUUGGCUUACAAGAACACCACCGAUUUAGGUAGUGUAGUACAUGCAUAUAAAAUCAUACUGUAUUCCAAUUUAACAUUUUGCAUAUAAUGGCCUACUAUGGUUUCCACGGCGACUCAAAGUUAUCGCUGUUUUGACGCGCGUAGAAUAGAAGUUACAAUCAUAUACUUACAGAUAUGUAAAUAUAAAUGACAUCAAUAUUCAAUUGCGUUCUACUCCUAUUUCUUUUUUUAUAAUAUUUUAAUCAAACAACUAUACUUUCAUAUAUAUAUUUAUAUUAGAAAUAUUUAUUAUACUCUUCCUUUAUAAGUUACUUCAAAAAGUAUUAAAUCCAUGGAAUUUUAUAUACGUUCGUAUCAAAAAUUCCAUAGAUUUAAUACUUUUAAUUUAAUUACUUUUCUUUGUCGUAACUGACAUUAUCUAUUUUGAUGAUUUUUUUAAAUCAAUAGGGUUUUCUUGUAUUGAGCCUAUAUUAAUGUUGUAUUUUGUUAACAAACCCUUCAAUUUUACCGCAAGUUUUGUUAGUCGAACUUCACUUUAUAUUCUUAAGUAUUAUCAAUAUGUAAAAAUUUGCCCAUUUAUGUUAACCCUUUGUACCAAAGUAACUAAUAAUGUACUGACAAGUAUAACCAUUCCAUUUUGUCUCAAUUAAAUGUUCUUUUGGUGUUAAUGUGAUAAUUUGAAGAGAACAAGCUUAAUGUUAUAAAAGAGUUAAUUUAUGUUGUAAUAAUCGUUGUAUUUAAGAUAAUAAAACAAUUAUCAUACAA